GAUAUUGGCUAGAUUAUUAUUAUUAUCCAGUACUGUACGCUAAACGCUUAAGCUUUUAUUUACAUACAUUUCAGCCUUUACUUUUUACAUUAUACCUAUCGUUUACAAUUGGUUUAUUUAAUUCAAUUUAAUUUUAAAAAAACAUUAAAACUUGACUAUUCAAUUAUUCAAGUAUGAAUAGUGGAAUGUUGUAUGGUGGUGAUGAGAUUGGAGCGUUAGUGUUUGAUUUGGGAUCGCAAUCAUUCCGUAUUGGUUAUGCUCAAGAGGAUACGCCGAAAGCAGAAAUACCAGCAGUAAUCGGCAUAUCAGAUGAUGGUACAGCAGAUACUAGUUUGUUGGAACCCGGAGUAAAACAUGGAAAUCGUAUCAAUGAAAACGCUAAAUACUAUUUGGAUAUAACUUCAUUAUGCGUAGCUCGCAAAGGUAUGGAAGUAGUGAGUUACAUGAAAGACGGCAUGAUCGACGACUGGGAUCUGUUUGAGAAAAUCCUAGAUUACUCUUAUUCAAAGUGUUUGCAAACUGAUUCUCAGUAUCAUCCAGUGUUGUUUACGGAGUCACCAUUGAAUAUAAGAUCCAAACGUGAAAAAUUAGUUGAACUCAUGUUUGAAAAAUACAAUGUUCCUGCAACAUUUCUUGGAAAAAAUGCUGUUCUAGCCGCAUUUUCUUGUGGACGGUCUACAGGUAUUGUCAUUGACAGUGGCGCUACUCAUACUUCUGCUAUACCAGUCCAUGACGGAUAUGUCAUUCCCAGUGCUAUUGUCAAAUCACCCUUGGGAGGAGAUUUCAUUAGUAUGCAAUGCAGACAAUUCCUCAAAGAAAAUGAAAUAGAAGUCAUACCCAAUUAUAUGGUUGCCCAAAAAGAACAAGUAAAAGAAAAAGAAAAGCCCAUUUGGACAAAGAAAAAAGCUCUUCCCGAAGUAACCAAUUCGUGGCACAAUUACAUGUGCAAAUCGGUUGUUCAAGAUUUUCAACAUUCGGUGUUACAAGUUUCUGAAGGUCCUUACGACGAGAGAAUUGUAUCCGCACUUCCGACCUAUCAUUAUGAAUUUCCAAAUGGUUACAACCAAGAAUUCGGAAAUGACAGAUUCAAAAUACCCGAGGCUUUAUUCGACCCUAGUGCUAGUAUGGGAGGAUCCAUGUUGGGCGUAAGUCACAUAGUUACUACAAGUGUAGGAAUGUGUGAUGUAGACGUUCGUCCCGCGUUAUAUAAUAAUGUUAUUGUUACUGGAGGAAAUUCAUUUUUACAAGGUUUCCCAGAACGAUUGAACCGUGAUCUUUCUGCACGGAUACCAGCAAGUAUGAGGCUAAAACUAAUUGCACCUAACGGUUCCACUGAGAGGAGAUUUGGCGCAUGGAUUGGCGGUUCAAUUUUAGCUUCGAUUGGGACGUUUCAACAAAUGUGGAUCAGUCACCAAGAGUACAACGAGGGUGGUAAAAGUCAAAUUGACCGCAAGUGUCCGUAAUUAAGAUAUCUAGACUUAUUGUAAUAUUGUACGUGUUUUAUAUAUCAUUUACUUAACUAGAAUUUAAUAUAUUAUUUCUCAUAUUAAUUAUUAUUAUUAUUUGACAACGUUCAAUGACUAUGUUAGUUUGAUGUAAAUAAUUGCAUUUUUUUGUAUCAAUAUUUUAUAGAAUAAAUUUAAUUAUUCAUACUCUUA